CUUUCAGCCCCCGGACAAAAACAUGGCUAUAGCUGCAGUUACCGAGGCGGAAACCCGGCUGUGUGGCAACUGCAAAAAGGAUAUUCCUGUUGCUAAUUUCAUCACGCACGAAAUCCACUGUAGCAGAAAUAUUGAAGUAUGCCGCUACUGCAGUGAAUUAAUCCCAAAGUCUGAAAUGAAGAACCAUAUUGAGUCUGAACAUGUGCAGGUUACCUGCAAGUGUAGGAUGAAGAUAGAAAAAUGUCUCUUGAAGGAUCAUGAGGCGUCAGCGUGCCCUCUGCGUCCUGCUGUCUGCCAGUACUGUGACAUACAGCUCACUUUCAACAAGCUCCAGGACCAUGAAAUUUACUGCGGAGCUCGGACUGAGAGAUGUGGUGGGUGCGGUCAUAACGUCAUGGUGAAAGAUCUAAAAGAGCAUCCUCGAGUCUGUGGGCAAGAGGCGAAACAAGUAAGAGGAAGCAGAACAGUGCCUCGCUUUGAGGAUGAUGAUGCAGAUUUGCGUGCCCUUCGAGACAUUAGAAACCGACUAAGAUCAGAGGAUGAACUGGAGCAGCUGGAGAGAAGUGAAAACACUCAUUCUUCACUUUAUGAAGAGUGGGACGCCGAUUUAGACUACGUGUUGGCUCUCAGCCUACAAAAUGAGAAUAAUCCUCACAAUAAUACUGCGGCUGACAUUCCCAGUGACUUCUGGGAAAACUACUACACCAAAGAGUCUGUGCCGUCGGCCUGUCUUAAUGAAACAGACAAGUCAAAUAUCUUCUCCUGUGACUCUUUAGUGUCAAACCACAUAAAAAACGAUGAGAUCAUCAUGUUGCCCUGUGAAUUUGUGAGGAGCUUUACCCUGCCGAAGAUCUGAUUCUUCAUCAGACAGGUUGUAACCCAGCAAGUGCCUUUGCCUCCUUCAGUAAAAGAAGGUCUUCUCCAAAUACACGAGAAUAUGAUGGUCUGCGUGCUGCUGGGCCCAAAAGCUGUAGGUCUCUCUCUUCAU